CAGCAGCAUGAGGAGGCGGCACAGGGGCCCAUGAAAGAUUACGGGCCUGGCAGCAGCAUGAGGAGUCGGUACGGGGGCCCAUGGCAGAUUACGGGCUGGCAGCAGCAAUGGGAGGCCAUACAGCACCCUAUGGCAGAGUGUGGCGAUGGAGACAGCAGCAAUGGGAGGCCGUUACAGGGACCCAUGACACACUCUGGACCUGGCAGCAGCAUGAGGGAGGCGGUUCAGGGGCCCAUGACAGAUUACGGGCCUGGCAGCAGCAUGAGGAGUCGGUACGGGGGCCCAUGGCAGAUUACGGGCCUGGCAGCAGCAUGA